UUUGGUCAUAAAAUGGUUCAGAUGGCACGUACUUGCGUUGACGCUGGGAAAUACUUAAACAAUUAUAUCUAGCAUCGUGUUUAUCGGUAAAUGAGAAAAUGGAGUCUUCGAGUGGAGGUAAUAGCAUACCUAAAAUCAUGGUGUUUCGGCCCACAAUGGAGGAAUUUAAAGACUUCACCAAGUACGUAGAGUACAUGGAAUCGUGUGGGGCUCAUAAAGCCGGGGUCGCAAAGGUCAUCCCUCCUCCUGAAUGGUCACCGAGGAGAAAUGGGUAUGAUGACAUUGACAUCACCAUACCAGCUCCCAUAAAUCAGGUUGUUACUGGUUGUCAAGGUCUCUACCAACAGUUCAACGUACAAAAGAAGGCCAUCCAUUGCAAAGAUUUUGAAAAGUUGGCGAAUAGUGACAGAUAUCGAACACCAAGACAUUUUGAUUAUGAAGAACUAGAAAGGAAAUACUGGAAGAAUAUCACCUUUGUGAAUCCUAUCUAUGGAGCAGACAUUUCUGGUUCUUUAUAUGACACAGAUCAGGACUAUUGGAAUAUCAACAAACUGGGUACAAUACUUGAUUAUGUGAACGGUGAUUAUGGAAUUAAGAUUGAGGGUGUCAACACUGCCUAUCUCUAUUUUGGGAUGUGGAAGACGACUUUUCCCUGGCAUACAGAGGAUAUGGACCUGUACAGUAUUAACUAUGUUCACUUUGGAGCACCCAAAUCCUGGUAUGCCAUCCCCCCAGAACAUGGGAGAAGAUUGGAAAGACUAGCUCAAGGAUUCUUUCCAAGCAGUUUUCAGUCAUGUCCUGCUUUUUUGAGGCACAAAAUGACACUGAUCUCACCAGCAAUUUUAAAACAGUACUCUAUUCCCUUUAACAAGAUUACACAGGAGGCUGGGGAGUUUAUGAUCACCUUCCCCUACGGCUACCAUGCAGGCUACAAUCAUGGGUUUAACUGCGCCGAAUCCACCAAUUUUGCUACAAGGAGGUGGAUUGAAUAUGGAAAGAGAUGCUUACAAUGUACUUGCCGUAAAGAUGGUGUUAAGAUCAGCAUGGAUUGCUUUGUGAAGAGGUUUCAGCCUGACAGAUAUGAUCUUUGGAAGCUUGGUAAAGAUGUAGCCCCUCAUCCGGAGGAUGACCAGUCUAAACUUUAUAAACACAAGGACUCUGGUGGUGAAAAGGCCAUUGAAGCAAAUAACUCUGGAACCAUACAGACAAAAAGGCAUCCCAUAUCAAGAAAGGCUGAGCAAUCACCCAGGAAAAGUAAAGGAAAGUCGAGCAAAACACCCAAAAAGAGUACAGAGAAGGAAGGAAACUCGGGUUCUGAGGAGUCAGCAGAGGAGUCGUGUGAUGAGGACAAGUAUGGAGGAUCGACAGAGGAGGAGUGUUCAGAGGACACCGAGGACAAGAAGUCGACCGACGCUGACAGCAAGCAGAAAAUCAACAUGUACCUAAAGGACGUGUCCAAGAAAAAGGAAACCCCAAAAAAGAAUGGACCGUCAUCUUUUCAAGCUGCGUUUGAAUCGUUAGUGGCGGCCCGUUCAUCGGCAUUAGCAUUGCGUCCAGGAAGUGUAGUGGAAGAAAUGCCACCUAAAAAAUACAAACCUAAGAAAAGGAAAGCAGAAGUCAAACUAGAAAAAGGUCAAAUCAAACAAGAUGCUUCAGAGAGCAUGAGUGACCCAUCCCGUGAUGCUAGCAUGGACAGUAUCUCUUCAGUGCCAGUGAAGAGUGAAAAAGGAUUACCAAAAGCAGAUGAUGGCGUAAAACAAGUGAUACCCAAAAAGAGAUCCAGGAAAGAAAACCCUGGUCACCAUUCCUAUUCUUUCCUGCCCCUCACACAGACAAAUAUGACAGCCCAACAACAGAGUCAGUCGGACUUCAAUCGCAUCAACUUCCUCAUGCCAACAAUUAGGUGGAUCGAACAACAACAAAUGCUGCAAAGUAAUACUAAGGGCAAACCUUAUGCAGAGUCUCCAUUUAAUCAAAGUUCUGGUGUUUCAUUUGGAGAUUUAUUGAGCUCAACAGCUAAACAACCUAGUAAUGGCAGCAAUAAUGUUAAACAAGAGCACAGAGUGUCCUCUAGUUUAUUUGGUGAUAUGCAAGUGCCUAAGACUUUGUCAGUAGCUUCCCCAACAUCUUUGCAUGGAACAGCUGAAUACGUCAAAACUGUGAGAAUGAAAUCCACUGCUUCAGCGACCAUAACAAGUGAACCAAAACAGGAAGGAUCGCAGGCUCUAGAUCUUUCAUUUUCCUCAACAGCAAGCUCUGAGAUGUCAAACAAUGAUAACAAGAUGGGGGGAUCAAACAGUGAUAACAAGACUGGACAUGGAGAAAAUUCUGGUGCCUCAGGGACAAGUGACUUAAAGAAUUUGGAACCAAAACCACCUGAUAUUAUGAAUGCACCACCUAUGAAACUCACAGGAUCACAGCAGAGUUUGUUUUCCAACAUGUCUGAAGCAUUUAAAUUAGCCAACAGCAUGCUAACACAAAUACCGGAAUCCACUUCUUCUUCGUCAGGAUCAAAGUCUCCCCGCUCUCUACUUAGUCCAGGGAGACAGAGAGUUGGGGGAACCAUGGGAUUGGCAGAGGCAGUGUCACAUGACCAUGGUGGUCUGGGUUCUCCACCGUUACCAAGCAAUGCUUGUGGUUCAACUACCUGCAUAGGAACACCAUCAUCCCUUCUUUCUCAUUCGUCUUCUCUACCUUCACAUUCCAAUCAAAGACCGCCCCAGGCUCAUAUGAAUAGACCUUCUAAUCCCAAUCCUAGGCUACAACCAUUAAAUCCAGCUGUGCCGCCGACAGCCCAAUCAAAUCUUCUUCUACAGGCCCUGAGUGGUCAACCCAAUCUACCCUCACAACAACAGCAGACUUUUUUAGUGAAUAUACCUGUGAUGCAUUCUGGUACUACUACUACUGGCAGCAGUACCUCCGCAACCCCUACUUCCGCCGUUACUAAUGCAUCACAGGUGAAACAAAAAAUUCUUCUCUCAAAUGGGGUUCUUCAAAAUAAUGAGAAAACUUCAGGAUCUGGCACAGUUGUUACGGCACCACCCACUGUCAGCCAAUUACUGAAGGCAACCAGAGGAAUAACAUACUCAGAAUCAAAAUCACAAACUUCAAAAACUGUUAAUGUCAACAGCACUAUGAAAUAUGUUCAGAUGAAAUCUCCUUCAGGAACUAUAAGUUUAGUUCCAGUGGUUUCCCAAUCGGGAGGAAAUACAAUCUUGCUACAGAAUCAAGCUGCCACAAACAUUUUACAAAUAUCAUCCUCAUCUAUUGCAAAUUCAGUGACAGGAAACAUUAUUGUGCAGCCUUCUGUGCAGAAAAUUGGAAACCCACUUGUACAACAGACUGUGACAACUCCAUUAAGGAUAGCAGUAUCACCACAAGUUGUACCAAACUCUACAUUAUGUAUUGUUCCUCAAUCCAAAUCACUUAAUGUGGGGGGUCAACAAAACAUAUUAGCCAUGGCUGGAAAACCUCAAGCAACACUGGUGGCAUCCACUCCAGUGCUAGGACAGAAAACAGCCACUGUCCCUCAGUUUGGUGGAAGACCACAGUUUUCAGGCACCACUCAGUUCCUGUUACAAGGUGUCACACAGAUUCACCCCACCCCCACCGCCUUCCAGGUGGAUCCUAAGACUCCACAUUUCCAGGCUGUUGUGACCUCCAGUCAGGUGUCAGUUCCCCAGUCUACAGUGGUGGCAUCAGUACAAACACAGCCUGUCACCAGUGUGGCACUUAAGCCUGCUCAGGCCUCGGAUGCACUCAAUCCUGGAACAACAACCAAAUUCAAUGGGGCACCUGCUAAUGGUGGGUUAAACAGUGAUGUGGAUCAGACUUAUGGUGCCAUUGUGAGUCCAAACAAAGUACUUCAGUUAGUUCCCCAACCAAUAGUGCCAAUAUCCCAGGUAUCAGGAGUGACUGCAAUGACUACCACCACGUCCACCACGGCGAAACACAAAGUGGCGGCUGACAGUGGGCAGGAGGAGGUCCCCACAAAGGUACCAAAGAAGGAGAGUGAUAGUAUUAUGAAUGACACUAGCCUGGAGCACAAAGUCAAAGCUGGACUUUUGUCCCCGAGUUCUAACCAGUCACUUUACCGAAUGUCCAGCCCAGGGUCGGAUGACAAAACGUUAGUUCAGGUGUCCAGCUACAGUGCUUUCUCAGGGAGUCCUACCAGUAAACGGUCACCAGACAUCUCGGACGUUUCUGGGGGCAGUGGCCAACUGUCACCCACUAAGGCAACUAAAAAGAAAUCCAAUGCAGCAACAUCCCCACGAUCUCACAGUGUGGAUGGGAAAGGGGGGAAAAAAAAGCAUCAGGAUGAAAAUAAAAUUCCGAAAUCCAAAGGUGAUGCUAAAGAUUCAGAGAAGAAUAGGUCAAGGAAUAGCAGUGGUGUCAAAGACGGUUCUAAAGACCAGAGUGGGCGCAAAAAGAAACGGAACAGUAGUGGACAAGAUAUCAAAAAAGACAACUAUGAAAUUUCAGCUUUUCCUGAGAGAAUUAUGACAGAUGAAUGGACUAAGCCUGUGAGAAACUUAUGGCAACAUUUGUUGCUGGAUUUUAAUGCAGAACAAGACUUUAAUGUAAAACUUAGCCAGAAAUUGCCACAUUGUUCCAUUUGUGCAUUAUUUAAGCCAUUACAUAUGUUACUGGACAAGCAAGAAGACAGCCACAGCCCUACAAAGGCUAAAAAGGGAAAGAAAUCCAUACCAGAGAAAACGCUGCCUAUGAUACCGGAGACCUGUUUUGCCUGUAGUGAAGAUAACCCCACUCCAGCUAGAAUUCAGGCACACCUGGACAAGGACGGGCUAAGUCAGCUGCUGGUGUGUCAGGACUGUAAAGUCUGUGUCCAUGCUAGUUGUUAUGGUGUGCUGGAUCUACCUCAAAACAAGAAGCUGUGGAGGUGCACUCGAUGUGUCCGUCAGCAGAUAGCAGCUGAGUGUUGCCUGUGUUGUAUGAGGGGCGGGGCCCUGAAGCCCACCAGUAACGGGAAGUGGGCCCACAUUGUGUGUGCUCUGACUAUCACAGAGGUCAAGUUUGACAACAUCCUCAAACGGGAACCAAUCAACAUCGAUGGAAUUCUCACCAACAGAGUUCGAUUAAAAUGUUAUUACUGUCACCCCCUACACAACAGUGAUAAGACUGUGGGAGUCAGUGUCCUCUGUUCCGUGGGGAAAUGUUCCUCCUCCUUCCACGUGACCUGUGCCUACGCUGCUGGCGUCCUGUUCGAGACCAGUGAUUGGCCGUUCCCUGUGUACACAACCUGUAACAAACAUGGAGCCCACAGGGAAAAGGCCUUUGCUAAGGAGAGAGAGACGACUAAUCUAAAAGUGGGUGAUAAAGUGUAUGCCAGACAUAGAAACACUCGAUAUUAUAAAGCCAGUGUUGUGAAAAUUAAGAAACAGACAUUCUGUUGUCUGGAUUUUGAUGAUGGCUCCUUCAGUGACGACACUUUUCCUGAGGAUAUUGUAGGAUACUCUCCAUCUCACCUUCCAGUAGUGGGAGCUCCUGUCCAAGUCAAAUGGACUGAUGGGGAACUAUACGGAGCCACUUACAAAGGCACCAACGUCGUGGUCAUGUAUUAUAUACAGUUUGAAGAUGGAGUGGAAAGGGACUUCAAAAGGCAUGAGCUUUGGACGUUAGACGAAGAGCUCCCAAAACAUGUCAGAUCCCGACUGUCCGAAGCCACAGAAAGGAAAUACAAUCUGCUUUACGAUGAUGAAAUCAAAGCAGAAGUUGGUGAUCACCACACAAGGAAUAAACCCAAAGUCUCAUACUCCAAACUCAAUGGCUAAAGCAACCAAGGGCUGCUGGCAUAUCUGUGAUUUUGUGUAUAGGACGUUGAACUCUUUAUGUAUUGUAUAGGGCACUUACAGAGCGUCAGAGACAAUGAAUUUUACUUCAGUGUCAAUCUCCUGCAUAUUGUUAAAAAAUUACUGAUUUAUAAAAUCAGUUUCAUAAAUUGCUUUUAGAUAAGUAUUAUUAAUGAAAUUGAGAAGGAUACAUGUAUUUUUGGGGUUGAUAUGAUAUUUGAAUGCAUUGUGCAUUUUUUUCUGUUUUGUGUAACCUCUUUCCACUUUAAGACUAUAAAUCCUGAUUUUUGGAACCCAACAAAAUACUUAAAACUUGAAAUGUUCACUGAAAAUAAAAGUGUGGCCCUGACAGUGAUCUCUAUAUGCUGUACAUAAUAAAAGAGAAAAAGUAGGCAGCAUUUAUUUAUUAAUGUUAAAUAAGGUAUUUAUUGUACUUUUAUAUGUUGUUUUGACUUUUACUUGUGUAGUGUAUCCUUUAUCAUGCACUCUUCUUUAAUGAUUUUUGUGUAUAUUCUUCACGUGAGUUGUAUGGAAUCAGACUUAUAGAAGAAAAUUGUACACUCACAGGAUUUUACAUGCAAAAUUAUGCGCUGUAAUUUUUACUGAAUAAAUCUGCAUUAUUGAU